AUGCAAGAUAUUGUGAAAGUUGUCAAGUUUGAGUCCGAGCUCGAAAAACCACGGGCAAAGAAGCCAACUGUUUCCAUCCGAAUGAAGUCCCACUUCAACCGACUGCUAUCACGUGUGGCGCUCUCACCGUUCGUGCCGUGCCACGUCAAGUCCCUGAGCGUUGGCAUGUCGCACUCACAGGUGAUGCACAAGGGCGGCCUUCCUCCUGGGCAGGCGCCGCUUGCAAGGAACCUUGCUCUGAUCGAAUUGCACGAACAACCUGUGAGUGGAUGGAUCAUUGUUCGAACCCAAAACCCAACUGCCUUGCGGUGCAAUUGUCUGCUUUGGAAUCGUGGCGCCAUUUGCAGCCAUGUGUUGGCCGUAUCCAACGAAGUCGGAAAACUCGAACGCCUGGUGAUGCUUGAAAUCCUUCGGGUGCCAUCCAACUUUGCACUUAUGACUGGCCAAGCUGCCGGGCAGAAAUUUGCAGAGUUCGUCAACCGCGCGGCGGGCAUCAGCGGCCAUACAAGACGCCAAAUCGAGACCUUCCACAGCAUCGCGUCACGUGUGUCGUCUCGUUGUCUUACGUGCCACACACCGCUCCUCCACAACACCGUGUUUGGUAUCGUCGACCGCGUUGCGGUGACCAUGCACUACUUGACGCACAACGACGGAUACGCGUCCUCUGGCCAAGUGUUUGGCAUCAGCUCGACCCGCUCGUACUGUUAUGUGGGUCAGGUCAUGAAAGUCAUAGAAACGUACCUCAUGGAAACGGUGGCCUUGCCAACGUCCAUAGCAGCCUGGAUGGACGUUGCGUGUGGAUUCGAACGGCUUGGCGGCAAUCCAAACGUUGUUGGUGUGAUUGACGGGAGCCUCAUCUCAAUCAAACGAUUUGAAGACUACGAGAGCUGGUAUUGUCGUAAAGGAUUUCCAGCGUUCAACAUUCAAGAAAUGGCCCGAGUUAUCAAAACCACAACGGUGCUGCACAAUUGGAUUAUCGACUGA